GGGAGCUACGGGAAGGGAGCGUGUGUGGGUCUGGGGGGCUCGGGGUCUGGCAGAGGAAGCGGGGUGGCUGGGCUGCGCGCUUAGCAGGAGAGGAGCGGUCCCGUCCGCCCUUCCAGUGCCGCUGGACCGCGGAUGACGGCGGGUGUGUGGGGGUGGGGGCUCCGAGGUAGCGAUCCGCUCCGCGCAGCAGAGUCCUGCACCUCACAGGGUCCUGCCUCUCAGCACCGUGGAGGGAGGGGACCAUGGAGGUGAAGACCCAGCCAUCUGACAAAGGCGACCUGCCUUCUCAGAGCCCUGUUUCUACUUCAGAGAACCUCUCCAAAAAGAAGGGAAGACUACCAGUCAGAUUCCGGCCCACCUGGAGCACGGAACCUGUGAUCUUCAGGGAUGUGGCCAUGUACUUCACCCAGAAGGAAUGGCAGCUGCUGAAGCCCGCCCAGAAGGACCUGUACAAAGAGGUGAUGCUGGAGAACUAUGGGAACCUGGCCUCCUUGGGGUAUCGGUUCUUCAAACCCAAGCUGAUCACCAGGUUAGAGCAAGGAGAUGAGCCCUGUGUCAAGGAGAGAGACGUCCCUCAAGAGCCCCAGCACAGCAGUGCUGGAGUCAGCGAGAGCCCCGUGUCCACUGACAAGAAGACACAGCUUAUGCCGAACACGACAUCUCCAAAGCCAGACAUCUCUACGAAGCCAUCCCUGGGGAAGGCAAAGGAAAUGGUCCAAAAGAAUGCUAGAACGGAAGGGACUUCGGAAACUGAGGACAGGCCACCGAGGAGCACACAAAAAUCUGGCCCCAGCCUGGCUGCAGACUCAGACAAAAAAGUUCUCCCUGCAAAGCAAAACCACGAGUCCACGGCUGUGAAGAGAUGCCUGAGCCAUCCACCACCAGCAACGACAUCACGGAGCACCCCUCCAGAAAAGAAGACCCUAAAAAAAGAUAUUCAUGGGAAAACCCAGGUGCCAGGCUUCCCAAAGCAGAAUCGUCCAAAAAUUCAACGGGGAAAGCCACACUUUAAAUGUAAAGAAUGUGGGAAAACUUUCAACCAGACCCUCCAUCUCAUUGAGCACGAGCGGAUCCACACAGGAGAGAAACCCCACAAAUGUGAUGAAUGUGGGAAGUCCUUCCGGCACAGCUCCUACUUCUUCACACAUUACAGGAUUCACACCGGCGAGAGGCCCUACAAGUGUAAGGAGUGUGGGAAAGCCUUCAACAGCAGUUCCACGCUGAGCAGCCACUAUAGGACCCACACGGGAGAGAAGCCCUUCAAGUGUGAAGAGUGUGGGAAAACCUUCAAGCAGAGCACAAAGCUUACUCGUCACCGGAGGGUGCACACGGGGGAGAAGCCGUACCAGUGCAGCGAGUGUGACAAAUCCUUUGGCCGCAGCUCGUCCUUGACGGAGCACAAGAGAAUCCACACGGGGGAGAAGCCGUACCACUGCAAAGUGUGUGGGAAAGCCUUCAGAUGCAACUCACAUCUUUUUGAACACCAUCGGAUUCAUCAGGAGGAGAAGUCCUACCAGUGCAGCCAAUGUGGGAAGUACUUCCGAAAUAGCUCCCACCUGUCGGAGCACAGAAGGGUUCACCAGGUGGGGCCCUCGGAGCGGUGCCAGGAAUGUGGGAGAACCUUCCGGCGCAAGGCAGCCCUUCUCAAGCAUCAGAAGGGCCACAGAGAGACUCACACCUACCAGUGUGAGGGGUGCGGGAAGGCCUUCCGUUGUAAGUCGAGCAUCGAGAGACACCAGAGGAUGCACGCCGGCCAGAAGCCAUAUGUGUGCUCUGAGUGUGGGAAAGCUUUCACUGACAGCUCCACACUCAUCAAUCACCGCAAAAUCCACACCACGGGGAAGCUGCACCCGUGCCCCAAAUGCCGGAGGGCCUUCAGGCGGCUCUCGUCCCUGGUGCUCCACCAGAAAGUACACGCCAGAAAGAGACAGUGAGCUCCGCGUGUGGGGGAGCCUUCAAUCUGGACCCACACCUUCCUAAUCCUCGGAGAAGUCACGAUGACGUCAACUUUGUGAGCAGAGAUGGACUGCACCUGCCGGCGUGUCGCUAGCUGACCAGCGGUCCUCAUUCAGGGGACAGCGCUAUGUGGCUCCCGUAGAUGUUUGGGGAGUGCCUAGGGCUAUUUCUGGUUGUCCCAGCCUAUUGCUGCCACUGGCAGAGAAAAGACAAAGGCAAAGAAUCCUCUGAACCAUAUGACGCAUCAGUCACCUCCAUCUACAAGGAAUGUUCUGGCCUCAGAUAUCAGGAGUGGCACCAUAAUUAAUUAGAUUUAAGAAGGAUUUCAGGAAUAGUCCACUACAGUAACCACUAAACAGUGUGUCAUGAUUUAAAUUUAAAUGAAUAAACAUAAAUAAAACGUACAGUGUUUCAUUAGCUGCACGCAGCCAGGAUUCAGUGGCCAAACAUGCCAGCCGUUGCCGAAUCAGACGGUGCGGGUGGAGAACAUACCCAUUGUUGCAGAAGGUUCUGAGUGGGCCCCGUUUUGGAUCUUUUAUCAAAAUCCUCCUGCAACAUAGCCCCGAGAAAGUGAGCCAGAGACAGAGGGCAGCAUGGCCAAGUGUAGUGUUCCACGAAGGGCUCUGAGACUGCUGCCCCCACAGAUGGUUCUGAUGUCUCAGGGCUGGCCAGCAUCGUGCCCACAAGACACUCCCCUCUGUCUGGGCCAGAACAGCCAAUCAGUGGCUGAUAAUGCUACUCAUAUAUGCUGACAUUUCCUGAGCACCUCACCCGCCAUGUGUGACGCCAAGCACUUUACGUUACCUGGCCCCCUGGAAUCCUCUCCGGAGCCUUAUAAAAUAGGAACUGAUGCCAUCCCAUGUCAUGGCUGAGAAAAUGAGGCUCAGAAAAGAUUUUUUUAAAAGAUGUUUCAAAUUUUGCACAUUAAUCUAGACAAUACUGCUAUUUUUUUAAUAUAUUCUAUGCUUUCAAAUUCAUAGCAUUCAAAUUUUCAUGAAAUAUAUCUUUAAAAAGUAGAGCUAUUUACAUUUCUGUUUGGACUGCACUUUUGGGCAGAGAGCAGCUUGGCUUUACCUGUGGUAGGAGCGGGCACGGAAUGAGACUCUAGAUUGGAGGUGGGCAAACCAGGGCCAGCCCAGCCCAUGGCCUGUGUUUGUAAAUAAAGUUUUAUUGGCACUUAGGCAACUAUCCUCUAUGACCACUUCCGUGCAAAGCCGAGUGAUCACAACAGAGACCGGAUGCUCCAUAAAGCCUAAAAUAUUUGCUCUUAGACCCUCGGCAAAGAAAGCUGACCGAUCCCUGCUCUGAACAGCUGACGAAUUGAAACGAAUGAGGGUGGACUGUGGGAGUAGUUAGGGAAGGAAGAGAAACCCUCAAACUUUUGUGACCAUGACCCAGGGUGUAAAAGAUACCCUGUAUUGCAGUAAGACACACACGUGUGUAUUUUCUACGUAUGCCUUAACGCGUGUUUGUGCCUAUGUGAAGGACACGUUUAAUGCAACACCACCUACCCGUAUUGUGUGUACACACCGAUUCUCUUUCGCUUAAAAAGUCAUAACCUUCUAAACCAAUUUUGCUAACCAACACAUGGCACAACCCCCAGCUUGAGAAGCCUUGCCUUGGUGGUGGGACAUUGUAAGAUAGCGCCUCCUUUUUGAGCGGUCUGGACUCGAAGGCCUUCAAGAGGGGCUGUGGCUGGCAUCACCGCUGGAGAAUUUGCCAGAAUGCAGAAGGUGGAGAGUGCCUCCGUGUUCAUAGCGUGACUUUGUGCUUGCUCCCAGAGCAGCUUGGAGGAAAGACAGACCCAGGUUCUCUGGAUUGCUUUCACAACCUCCAGGAUGUUUCCUUCCCGGCACUAGACUAAUGGGGAGGAUGGAGAGAGCCUGCAUGGGGAUCUCCAAGGACUCUAGUGGGGUUUUAAGAAGGAAUCAUCUGGGGUGCCUGGGUGACUCAGUCGGUAAGUGUCUGCCUUGGACUCAGGUCCUGAUCCUGGAUCCCAGCACCCAGGGAUCGAGCCCCAGGUUGGGCUCCUAGCUCAGCAGGGAGUGUGCUUUUCCCACUUCCUCUCCCCACCGCCUUCCCGCUUUUGGUCUCUCUAGCUCUCUCUCAGAUAAAUAAAAAUCUUUGGGAGAAAAAAAAAAAAAAAAAGAGGGAGCCAUCUUUAGGAGUGUGGCUGCAUCCUCCUGGAAAUUAUCUCAGGAGUAGGGCUAGGUGGCUUGGGGAGGAGUACCUGUGGCAGGUGCUCGUUCUUGUGGUUGCUUUUGUCUGUGGAGGUCUUCUGUGGCCUGUGUUUGUAAAUAAAGUUUUAUUGGCACUUAGGCAAUAAGUGAGACAUCUGUGGAGGUGGGAGGAGUAGAGGGGAUUCCUCCUGGAUAAGGGAAGAAUGUGUCUCAACAUACUCACUACAUUCCUGGUUGCAAGUAACAGGAACCCAACUUCCACAAGCUUAAGUGAAACCAACAUCAACAAAGGAAUGUAUUAGCUCAUACACUAGGGAAGCUUCCUUGCUUGAAGUUAUCUUUAACUUUAGCAACUAGAAUGGAGAACAUGACGUGGACAGGACCACAAGCACGUCUCUCAUUUCUGGUCCUCUCUGCAAAUCAUUGCCUUGUCCUUUUAGCAAAUAGGAGUGUCCUCUACCAACCCAGAGGCACAGCUACCAGGCCCCAGAGUCCUAAUCUACGAGAGAGAGAGAGAGUUUCUCCCACAGACUUGCCGGUUAGGCUGCUGUGAUUUGGUGGAGCCAUUAAAAGAACGAUUCUUCUUUUCAAUUUUUUCUUGGGGUGAUUGUAGUAAGGAUGUGUCACUUUUAUCACUUUUGAGAGGACAAUAAAGGAAGAAUAAACAACCACCCAGGCUGGAGGGGAGAAUGAAUACAGGCAGAGAGACACCUGUCAGGCCUGAGAUCCUCCCCAAAGCUGGAGAUGAUGGUGACCUGCGAUGCCUGGCUGGGGGGGGUGGGGCAGGACCCAGCCUGGCAGAUCCAGGAGGGGCCCCCAUUGGGGACGCGGCAAUGGGGAGAGGGUAUGUGUGUGUGUCGGGGGGAAGACUGAUCUAUUUACAAAUAGGCCU